AUGAUUCUCUACUAUCUCGCCUCGAUCCCCCUCACGCUCAUCGUCUACCUGGCCUGGUACCUCCACGUGCCCUGGGACCUGCCUCCGCUGCCCAGAAUCCCCUUCUAUGUCUCCAUCCUGGGUCUCUGGAGCUCAAUGGGCCAAGACGAGAUCUACGAGCGCUGGCUGCGCAAGCCCCUCGAAGCCCACGGCGCCGUAAUAAUCUGGUUCGCCGGCCGGUGGAGCAUCCUCGUCACCCGCCCGGACCUGCUAACAGACAUGUUCCGCAACGAGGACCUCUACGCAAAAGCAGGCAGCCAGAAGAAGAUCCCGUGGUCGGUGAUCGCGACGCUGGUCGGCGACAACAUCAUCAACUCGCACGGGGACACCUGGAAGCUGUACACGGGGAUCAUGAAGCCCGGGCUGCAGAAGAAGAACUUUGACACCGCGCCGCUGCUGCUCAAGUCGCGCCGGUUCGUGGAUGAGAUCCUCGCGGAGCAGGGCGCCGCCCCCGGCUGUGGCACAGGCAUUCUGGUGAACACGUAUGUCCAGCAGUGGGCGGUCGACGUCAUGGGGAUGAGCUUUUUGGAUCUGGACCUGCGGAGCUUGGAGAAGCCGCACGGUACGGUGCGCCUCGAGGCCAUCCAGUCCGUGAUCAAGCUGAUGCUGUUCCGGCCGCUGUUCUUCAAUUUUCCCGACCUGGACCAGUUCGCGUGGCUGAUCAAGUCCCGGCAGCGCGCGUACGCGAUCAUGCACGAGUUCGGGGAUACCCUCAUGGCGACGGUGCUGGGGCACAUCGACCGUGGUCGCGAGCAGGGCAUCAAACCCGCGGAGGAGAUGGUCGUGCAUAUGCUUGUCGACGCCUACCGCGACGGCAGACUGACCGAGAAGCAGUUCAAGGAUAAUCUCAAGAUUGUGUUUCUGACGGCGCACGAGAACGCCCAGCAGCUGGUCAACUCGAUGUUUUGGGAGAUUGGGAAGAAUACCGAAGUCCAAACCCGCCUGCGCAUGGAAAUCCUCUCCACCAACACCACAACCCCAACCUCCGAAGUCGUCAACGCCCUCCCCUAUCUCACCUCCGUCGUCUACGAGCUUCUGCGCCUCUACCCCCCCGUCUCCCAGCUCAUCAACCGCGUCACAAUCCGCCCCGCCAUGCUCGGUAACGAGAUCCCGAUUCCUGCGGGCACCUUUGUCGGCUGGAAUGCGUACGGGGUGCAUGUCAACCCGGCCAUCUGGGGCCCCGACGCGAACGAAUUCAAACCGGAGCGGUGGGGCCGCACGGUGGGUGAGAUGCAUGCGCGGUUUCGCCGGGAGACGGUGCGCGGCACGUAUAUACCCUUCAAUGCGCAUUCGAGGAAGUGCCUCGGGCAGGGGUUUGUAUUGCUGCAGAUGAAGAUUCUGUUGUUUGAGGUGGUGAGACGGAUCGAGUGGCGGGUGGACCCAGGGUAUCGGUUGAAGAUGACGCCGGGCGGGAUUCUAGCGCCUUUGGGAUGCCGGGUGAUUCUGAGUGAGGUCAAAGAGAGUGAGACGGAGCAAAGGAGCUGA